CGCGGCUGCCAUUUCCAUUUCCAAUAUGACAUAGCACUUCGAUCAUGCGUUGAUACCAAACUUGCUAUUCCAUUAACUGAUCAUGCGUCGAAGGUGGGCUAAGAUAAUUGCAUACCUUCAUAAAUUUGCAGACCCUCCAUCUUGACCCCCCUAUAUAUCUCCGGCAUGAUGAAUUCGCGGGCAAUAUCCGUGAUUGUGGUCGUCUUCUUAUUUGAUCUCGCUCCGCUGCUUGUGCAUUCGGGUCGGACAAACCCAACGGACUUGUGUGACCCCAGAACGAAGCGGGAUCCACGGACCCUGCGGUCCGAUCAGAUCACGGUCCUAAUCAACGGCUACUCCGAGUCCCGCAUUCCUCUUCUCCAAUCAAUUUCAGCCACAUACUCUGCAUCGCCGCUGGUAUCCUCCGUGCUAGUCCUCUGGGGAAACCCCUCAACCCCAGACCACAUUCUAACCCACCUGGCCAACAAUCUCUCAAUCUCCUCCCUCGGAUCAGCUUCAAUCUCCCUAAUCCACCAGCCAUCUAGCUCCCUCAACGCUCGAUUCCUCCCUCGAUCUUCCAUCGGGACCCACGCCGUCCUAAUCUGCGACGACGACGUAUUGGUGGAUCACAAGUCAUUCGAGUUUGCCUUCCGCGUCUGGGCAUCCAACCCCAACCGUCUCGUCGGACUGUUCGCCAGAUCACACGAUCUGGAUCUGUCGAGGAAAGAGUGGAUCUACACAGUACACCCGGACAAGUACUCGAUCAUACUGACAAAGUUCAUGAUACUGAGAACCGAGUAUCUGUACAGUUACAGCUGCGAAGGUGGGGCUCCAAUGGCGGAGAUGAGGAGGACGGUUGAUGAGAUGCGUAACUGUGAGGAUAUCUUGAUGAACUUCGUGGUGGCCGAUCGGACGAAUGUGGGGCCCAUAUUGGUGGGGGCAGAGAGGAUUAGAGAUUAUGGGGAUGCAAGGAAUGAUGAAGGUGUUGGAGAGAAGAAGGAGAAGGAGAAGGAGAAGGGAGUGAAAGAUGUGGGAUUGAGUAGCAGAAGAGGUGAACAUAGAAAGAGAAGAGGAAGGUGUAUCGGAGAGUUUCACAGGGUACUGGGGAAAAUGCCUUUGCGGUUUAGUUUUGGCAAGUUAGUUAAUUCAGUUAGUGAACAAGGAUUGUGCCAAAAGGGGGGAAAAUUGGUGCAUUGUGAUCAAUAAUUUUUUUUACCCUUUAAUAAUGUUAUUCAAAACUAGUUUACAAGCAAUUGUGCUUUCAUUGUAUUUAUUGAAUCAGUAAAAUCAUUUAUAUCAGUAUAAUAUUUUUACAUUGUAGAAACUAGAAUGAACCGUACUUGUACAGUUUUGUGCA